ACCCCGAGGCCCCCAGCCCUGCCUCCCGGGUCUGAGCUGCUUUGCAUCGUCACCUUCUAGGGACUUCGACGCACUCAGGAAGGAGAACGUUUACGAGAACAACCAGCUGGCCUUCCGCGUGGCCGAGGAGCAGCUGGGCAUCCCGGCCCUGCUGGAGGCCGAGGACAUGGUGGCCCUGAAGGUGCCGGACCGGCUGAGCAUCCUGACCUACGUGUCGCAGUAUUACAACUACUUCCACGGCCGCUCGCCCAUUGGGGGCAUGGCCGGCAUGAAGAGGCCCCCGUCCGAGGCCGAGGAGGAGCCGUCCGGGAAGAAGGCCUCGCCCCAGCCCGCCCGGGGGCUGCCGCUGUCUCCGGUCAGCACAAACGCCAUGGUCCAGCGGAAGGACAGGGGCGCAGAGGGCCCCCCGCUGAAGGCUGCCCUCCCCAGCCACUGCCUCUGCUUCCAACGGCCUUCCCAGAGCCGAAGGGCCACGAGCAGGUCCGUCGGCCAAGCUGCCACAGUCGGCGUCUCCCCCGGCCCUCACCCCCCCGGCCCGAGUGCUGGCUCCCAGAAGGACCAGGUGGAUGGGCCGGCAGCAUGGAGGGGCCGCCUGAAGCCCGUGGAGAAGAAGCACCCGGCUGAGAGGACACCGGGCCCUGCUGGCCCCCAGCCCAGCCUCUCAGACGCCUCCGAGGACGCGCUCAUGGUGGACUGGUUCCGGCUCAUCCACGAGAAGCAGCUGCUGCUGCGGCUGGAGUCGGAGCUGAUGUACAAGUGCCCGGAGACCCCACCCUCCGGGGGAGGGGCCUGGGGCUGGAGGAGGGGACACUGUCCUGAGGGGGGCAGGGCCCGGCUGACGGCCGCUGUCCCCACAGAGGCUCUGAAGUCCCCCCAGGACCGGCAGCGGGAGCAGGACCUGCUGACUCAGUACGUGAGCACCGUGAACGACCGCAGCGACAUCAUCGACUUCCUGGACGAGGACCGGCUCCAGUGCCUGCAGCGGCCUGAGGGGCCAGGUGCCCAACAGCGAGGGACACAGGUGCCCCAGAACCUGCUGGACUGA